UCGCGAGGCUUCGUUGUCGCGGAGGAGGAGGCGGCGGCGGGCGGCCGGUGGGGAUGCGCUCGGAAGAGGGGGCCGGAGGCCCGGGCGCCGCCCUGUCUGCGCGGGGCCCCAGCUGGAGGGAGAAACUGUCGGCCCCGGAGGCCCAAUUCCGCCGCGAGUCGCCUCGGAGGGAGUCCGCGCUGGCCCCAGCCCCGUCCUUCAGUGAGAGCGGGGCGGGCAAGCCUCGCGAGGAAAAGAGGACGGCGCUGAGCAAGGUGGUCCUCCGGCGUCUGCCCCCUGGCCUCACCAAAGAGCAGCUGGAGGAGCAACUGCGCCCCCUGCCUGCGCACGACUACUUCGAGGUGGUAGCUGCGGACCUCAGUCUCUAUCCUCAUCUCUACUCACGAGCGUACAUUAACUUCCGGAACCCUGAUGACAUCCUUCUGUUCAGAGAUCGCUUUGAUGGAUAUAUCUUCAUUGGCAAUAAAGGCCUGGAGUAUCCCGCAGUGGUGGAGUUUGCUCCGUUCCAGAAGAUUGCCAAGAAGAAGCUGAAGAAAAAGGACACCAAGACUGGAAGCAUUGAAGAUGACCCAGAAUAUAAACAGUUUCUGGAGACAUACAGCUUGGAGGAAGAAAAAGCCGGUGCCAGUCCUGAGACGCUUCUGGGAGAGAUAGAAGUGAAGACGAGAGAGCUCCUGGCCAGAAGAACCACACCUCUUUUGGAAUAUAUUAAAACUAGAAAACUAGAAAAGCAGAGAAUUCGAGAAGAAAAACGUGAAGAGCGGAGGAGAAGGGAGCUGGAAAAGAAGCGUUUCCGGGAAGAAGAGAAAAGGAAAAGGAGGGAAGAGGAGAGAUGGAGAAGGAAGGAGGCGGAUAAGCAGAAGAGAACUGAGAAGGAGGUGAAGAUUAAGCUUCUCAAGAAGCUGGAAACAGGGGAAGAAGCAGCCACAGAGAAGCACAAAGAAAGAGGUGACUCAGUUGGUCCUGGAGACGAAAAGCAGGAAGCCUGGCCAGUGGAAAGCCUGCCAGAGAUGCCUGGGGAGAGGUUUUGACAGCUGUCUAAUAUCACGAGAAUGAAGAAGAGAGACUCUCCGUGUGAUUAUGUGGCCACCCAGGCAUUUGAAGCAAGAAGUCCGAUUUUUCCUGUCACGGGUUCAAAGAAUAAUCAAAACUUUUUUUAUAUAUAA